UGACAAUGGCAGGUGCUUUCUGGGAACUGACUGUGUUUAUUCUGUUGGGGUGUGCCAGCCAAGUCUGGGCCACCCGACCCCACAUCGUCUUCAUUGUGGCUGAUGACUUAGGCUGGAAUGACGUUGGCUGGCACAAUCCUGCGAUGAUCACCCCAAACCUGGAUCGGCUUGCUCGGGAAGGGGUGAUACUCAACUCCUCCUAUGUACAACCUAUGUGUACCCCGUCCCGGAGUGCCUGGAUGACUGGACAUUACCCGUUCCACACCGGAAUGGAGCACUGGGUUAUAGUUCCCACACAAGCCACAGGUCUUCCACAAUACUACACAUUGCUUCCACAGCGGCUCAAACUUCUUGGAUACCAGACACAUAUGGUUGGGAAGUGGCACCUUGGAUUCUGUGACUGGGGGUACACUCCUACAUACAGGGGCUUUGACAGCUUCCUGGGUUAUUAUGAGGGUAUGGAGUACUACUACAACCAUACAAGAGUAUUUAACACCAUGAGCGGUGUGGACUUCCGGGAGAACGAGAAACCUGCCGACUACAAUGGCACCUACUCCACACAUCUAUUCGCGAAGAGAGCUGUGGACAUCAUUUCCCAGACAGACCCAAAUGGUGAUCCGCUGUUUCUUUACUUACCAUUCCAAGCCGUACACUUACCCCUGCAGGUUCCUAAACAGUACGAGGACAUGUACUCAACCAUCCAUGACCAGAACAGAAGAGUCUACUGUGGAAUGAUGUCCGCUCUGGACGAAGCUGUGGGUAACAUUACAAACGCUCUGGACAAAAAUGGGUUUUUGGACAACACAAUCAUCAUCUUUACAGCUGAUAACGGAGGCCCGACAUACGCCGGUGCCAACAACAUGCCGCUCAGAGGGGGGAAAGUCACUCUGUGGGAAGGGGGAACGAAGGGGGCGGCGUUCGUCUACAGCAAAACGCAUUUGAAUAAAACCGGAUACGUCAACACAGGGAUGAUGCAUGCCGUUGAUUGGUUCCCGACAAUCUUGAGCGCGGCUGGAGGUGUUACAGAUGGACAAGGCCUCGAUGGCGUUGAUCAGUGGGACAUGAUUUCCGCGGGGACUUCCUCAGCCAGGGAAGAGUUUGUCUACAACAUCGACCCUCUGAUCCCUAACGCAGCCAUCAGAAUGGGUGACUACAAACUGAUUCUGGGAAGCCCGGGCGUAUUUCACGGCUGGUAUCCUGUACCUAAUUUUGAAGGAGAAAUUCAUACGAAUAUCACAUCAGACAUGGAUGCGUUAUCUGCCACAGCCAGUUUAUCCUCCUCACUGAACCAAACACUGCUGUUUAACAUUGCUGAAGAUCCAACGGAACACCAUGACUUGUCACAAAAGUAUCCAGAUAUUGUGAGCAAACUGCGCAUGCGGCUUGAAGAGCACUGGAAAUCCUUGGUACCUCCUCGUAAUCCACCGUUAGACGCGAAAGGUGACCCGGCGAACUUUGGUGGUUACUGGACCCCAGGCUGGUGUUAACAAUCUACUAUAAUCCAUUGCUUUUAUCAUCUAAUGUCAGUAAUGCCAUUUUAAACAAAGCUUAAGCACAUGUAUGCAAUAAAGUCAAAGAACAAACUUACAGUUAAAUGUCAGGUGUCUAAUUCCGCUUUCCAUCCGCCGAGCGAUAUUUCCCUGUGGAUUAAAGCAGUCCGUUCAACGUGAGCUUUGGUGUCAGGAGCACUCGAAACUGGUCAUGACCGCCAACCAAUUCAGGCAGCCUUGACAAAAUUCGUCUGGACAUGGGUAGGAAAGUAGCUCUGCUAAUCGAUUUUAAUAGGUUUUACCCCCGUCUUUAGGUUAUCAAAUUCAAGUGCAACUGAUUUAGACGCAGACAGAUCCUUUACAAAAUUAGUGACAAAACGAUCCAAGUCAGCUAUACCAGUAUUGUUCAUUCGAUUAGUACAUUGUUUCUAGCGGAAUUCUCUGUGACUGAAGCAACUUUUCACAGUUGUUUUUCUUCCACAAUUUUGUAGUUUUGAACGAACGUGAUUUAUAUUGUUAUUCAAGGCAUGUUUCGCUGAUAGUAACGGGUGCAGGGGGCAGGGAUGGAGACAUUACCC